UCAGUAUCUGUGUGUCAAUGGUGCCCUCUGUCGACAGAUGCGUUUCUCGGUUCUACUCAGCACUGUUUUAUUAAACCUCUCCCUCCCUCGACGUCAGCUUUUGGGAACUCGGGCAAGGGAAAGUUUAGGGAGAACAAAAGUCCGCUGUUGUCUAUGUAUGGAUGAAUGCUGAAAGCCUGGCGUACAGGAGAGAAAAGUAGCGCAGUGCGGACCGAAAUGGCGAACGCGUGGCAUCCGCACUGAAAACAUCGCCACAGACCAUAGACGCGUUAAAAGGGCUGUGAGCAAACUUUUCCACUUUUGUUUUUAUGGAAUUGUUUACCUCUAAUCUGGACGAACAGAUGCAACAAAGCGAAACUUGAGUUCACCGCUGACAGUUUUCCAAGGAAAGAAAAUCCAUGAAGUUUCAAACGAGAAGGACAUUAAUCAGACGGAAGGAUUUUAAGAAGGUUGCGCGUUACUGAGUGUUAGGAACAAGUAGGGGGGAAAGUCAUCUAAAACUUGCUAAAAGAGCUGGGUGAAACGAACAAUGGCAAAGAAAUACGACUUCCUCUUUAAAUUAUUGCUUAUUGGCGAUAGUGGUGUUGGCAAGACCUGUUUGAUCAUCCGUUUUGCAGAGGACAAUUUUAAUUCAACGUACAUAUCAACCAUCGGUAUUGACUUCAAAGUGAAGACCAUUGAGUUUGAGGGAAAGAAAGUCAAACUGCAAGUCUGGGACACAGCAGGACAGGAGAGGUUUAAGACCAUCACUACUGCAUACUACAGAGGGGCGAUGGGCAUUAUCCUUGUGUAUGACAUCACUGAUGAAAAAUCCUUUGAGAAUAUUCAGAACUGGAUGAAGAGCAUCAAAGAAAAUGCAUCAGUAGGUGUAAGUCGGAUGUUAAUGGGUAACAAGUGUGAUAUUGAGGCCAAAAGGAAAGUGUCAAAGGAGAUAGGUGAGAAGCUUGCAAAGGAACAUGGUAUUCGAUUCUUCGAGACUAGUGCAAAAUCGAGCAUCAACGUUGAGGAGUCUUUUGCUGCUCUUGCACGAGACAUUUUGCUGAAGUCAAAUAAGAAGCCAGGUCCCACUGGUCGUGAGGUUAAACUUACCAGCACAGAGAAAAAGUCUUCCAAAUGUCUUCUUCUUUAGAUAUGCUUUUAUACAGAGGACGGUCUCACUACACACAAACACAUACACACAAUCACAUACAGUAACAUUGCAGUGUUAAUGCCAGAUAAUAAUUUGCAAAGUGAAUAUGGAAUGCUAAUAGGAAGUGGUUUCAAAGUAUGAUGGCACUAGUAAGAUAAGAAAUACAUGAUACGAGAUAUGAAACAGGGUACAGCUUUCAAGUAGUUAGAGGAAAAUCACUUUUUUUUUUUUUUUACUUCGUUUAUAUUUUCGCACUACACAACAAAAACAGUGACUUGGCUACAAUCGAGACAAUGUUGGUUUGACUUGCUCAAGUUUUGCUCAGUCAAAAUGGAU